AUGCGCAAUAAAGUUAACCUCAACACUCUUCAAAAAUGUAAAUCAAAAGAAAAUGAAAUGCCUGAGCAUCGUGAAGCUCGUCUUAUCAAAGAACCUGCAGCGGGGUCAAACCAUGAAGUCACAACAACCAUAGCCGCAGUAGCAACGAUCUAUGAAGCCGCAGCAACUACAGUCACAGCAGCAACGAUCUAUGAAGCUACAACCGCAACAGAAUCGAGGUAUGCUAGAGCAGGAUCGAAACAUUUCAGAGCGGCAAGAUCGGAGUGUUGA